CGUGGUAGCGCCACUGAAGACUGGACCGUGUGAGGUUGGAGUCGGAAAAAAAAAACCUAGACGUUGCAACAUAGUGCACAGGGGUGGAUCUGUGAAACGAGUCAAAAGGCAACAUUAGCAGCGGAAAUCUCACUGGGACUCAGUUCAACGGAAGUAGAGCUGUAGCAAAGUCACUGUGCGCAACAGGUGUCAGUUUCUUUUCGUAAGCUCACUGUUUGAAAGUUGUUUGAAUAGGGGGGCUAAAAGUUUUCGUUGGUUAACAAAACGCCAACAUGUCAAAACUUCGACCCAGGCUUUGUGUGUUGGAGAAAGGACCCAGCGGGUAUGGGUUCCACCUGCACGGAGAGAAGGGCAAGAUCGGGCAGUUCAUCAGGCUCGUGGAGUCCGACACUCCCGCCUCCGAGGCCGGGCUCCUGGCUGGAGACCGAUUGAUGUUCGUGAAUGGGGAGAGCGUAGAGGGGGACAGUCAUCAGCAAGUGGUCGCCAAGAUACGGGCAACCUCUGGGGCUUUAGAGCUUAUUGUGGUGGACCCCGAGACCUCGGAGCUGCUGAAAAAACACAACCUACAGUGCCGGAUAGAAUUCGUCACAGAAGGAAUUCCCAUACCAGGCAGUGACAGCGACUCAGACCGCGGGGACACUCAGAGCAACGGCACCCCUGCCCCGCUUGAGAACGGGGAUUCUUCCUCGGAGAGAUCCGAGAGGCAUAGUGUCAGCUCAAGCACCAAGGAGGAGAGAGAUGGGCGCCGGCCUCGUCUCUGCCACUUGAAAAAGGGCCCCAGUGGCUACGGCUUUAACCUGCACAGCGAGAAGUCAAGACCAGGCCAGUUCAUCAGAGCUGUAGAUGAGGACUCUCCAGCACAGAGUGCCGGCCUCAGGCCGCAGGAUAAGAUCAUCCAGGUUAAUGGUAUGUCUGUGGCUGGGAUGCAGCACUCAGAGGUGGUGGCAGCCAUAAAGGCCGGAGGAGACGAGACUAGGCUACUGGUGGUUGACAUUGAGGCAGAGGAAUUCUUCCAGAAAUGCAAUGUUAUGCCCACUGAGGAACACAUCAGUGGACCUCUUCCAGAGUCAAUGGCAGAAGACAAGAUAAAUGCAAAGCCUAAAGUAUCUGCGAGCUCUUCAGUCUCCAGUGCCUCUUCCAGCAGCUCCCUACCAGCAGCAACAAACAACUCCUCGCCUUCAGAGAUUGAAAGGGCUUCGAGGUCAGAGCCAGCUCCAGCCAUCGACAGCCUGGGUCUUGCCUUGACAGUAGCUCAGGCCAAAGAAAGAGCCCAGCAGAAGCGUGGCGCCAAGAAGGCCCCGGCCAUGGACUGGAGCAAGAGGAAUGAACUGUUUAGCAACUUAUAAACGCCACGGGCGUCCUCAUGUCCUCCAGGUGGUUCUGUACUGCCAUCCAGAGGCCAAUCCAGAGAAAUAAUCAGCCCAUGCUGUGAGUGAAAAAUAAUAUGGCAUCAAGCUUAUUUUAAACUCCCAUGUUAAACAGUAUUAUAUGAUGAUUUAUUUGUUUUAAUUUAGAGUUUCUGUGACUUCUUAACUUUUGAAUGACGUUUGAAAUGUCAGCAUCACACACAGAAAUGAAUGUUAAUAAUAUAUCAAGAAGAGAACUAGCAGUGUGCACUUUCUCAUACGAAAAGGAGCGUGAAAGGAAUUUUGGGGCAUAGGAACGAGAAAUUAUUGAUAAUUUUUGACAAGUUGUAAUUUUAAAUCUGAACAUUUUAGAAAGAAUGUAGCACCUCUGUCUACUCUUCUUUACCUUGUUUUUUUCCGUCUUAAUUUGUGAUUCAAACGAGAUUAUUAUUUUUCUUUUUAAUGUGGCUUUUGAUAAAUUUGUAUAUACACACAAAUGUAUUCUCAAGGAAAAGAAAUGUUCUGUGUUUUGUUGAUUCUGCUGAAGUCUGUUCAAUUUUUAAGCUGCAUCUUUUGGCUCGAGCGUCACUUACACACUUUCACUCCAAUGGAAAUAUAAAGAAUGUACCGAUGGCUCUGUGCUGUAGAAUGUCUUAAUGAACAUUGAUAAACAUAGCAUAUCAAUAAAAUGGAA